AUGCCACCUCCGCCGCCAACAGACGUGCCCCCUCCUCCGCCACCGCAAGAAGAAGAACUGGGGCCGGUCUUGGUUCCAUCGAAGAAGGCAAAGAAGGGCUGGGCGUCACAACGGAAGCAGCCACCGAGCAUCGACGACAUCCUCAAGGCGAAGCGCGAACAGGAAGCGGCCGCGGCGAAACCAAAGUUCCUGUCCAAAGCGGAGCGCGAGCGGAUCGCGCUGGAAAAGCGGCGAAAGGAGGUCGAAGAGGCGCAACGGCGGCGAGAAGGCUCGAACAGCAGCACAAACGGCGCAUCGCACAAGGGGCACUACGAUGCGUCGUCGUCGAUACCCACGGGUCCCCGGGCUAUGCGUCCCGAGGCGCCCUCAGGCCCUCCGUCCCGACAGCAGCGGAGCAACGGUGAUAUGGCACCGCCCCCGCUGCCGGACAAGAAGACGGGCAAGCGACCACCGCCCGAAGACGCCGAGGCGGCCAUGAUACGCCAGCGGUACAUGGGCGCAGAACAGAACCAGUCGACCUUCUCGGCCAAGAAGAAACGGAAGCGCACGACGGAGAAGAAGUUCAACUUUGAGUGGAACGAAGAGGAAGACACCAGCUACGACUACAACCCCAUCUACCAGCAAAAGGCCGAAGCGGGCUUCUUUGGGCGCGGCCGGCUGGGCGGCUUCACCGAGGACGUCACGGAGCAGGGCACGCAGAAGUUCAUCGAGGCCAUGAUCGAGCGGGACCCCGUGUCGGGGCGGGAGCGCGCCGAGCGCAUCCUGGAUAUGGAGCGGCGGCGCAAAGAAGAGGGCGGCCGCGCACAGCUCGACAAGCACUGGAGCGAGAAGAAGCUGGAGCACAUGCGCGAGCGCGACUGGCGCAUCUUCAAGGAGGACUUCAACAUUGCCACCAAGGGCGGCGCCAUCCCCAACCCCAUGCGCAACUGGCAGGAGUCGGGCCUGCCGGACAAGGUCCUGCGCCUCGUCGAACAUGUGGGCUACGCCGAGCCGUCUGCCGUCCAGCGCGCCGCCAUUCCCAUCGCACUCCAAUGCCGCGAUCUCAUCGGCGUCGCCGUCACAGGUUCUGGUAAAACCGCCUCCUUCGUCCUGCCGCUGCUGGUCUACAUCUCGCAGUUGCCGCCGCUGGGGCCCUCGAACCGCGCCGAUGGUCCAUACGCCAUUGUCCUUGCGCCGACGCGAGAGCUGGCGCAGCAGAUUGAGGUCGAGACUAGGAAGUUUGCCGCUCCCCUUGGCUUCAAUACCGCCGUCAUUGUCGGUGGACACUCUAUCGAAGAACAGGCAUUCCAAAUGCGCGACGGGGCGGAAAUCGUCAUCGCCACACCAGGUCGUCUAGUCGACUGCAUCGAGAGACGCAUGCUGGUUCUCAGCCAGUGCACCUAUGUCAUCAUGGACGAGGCAGAUCGCAUGAUCGACAUGGGCUUCGAGGAGCCCGUCAACAAGAUUCUUGACGCGCUGCCCGUCACCAACGAGAAGCCCGACAGCGACGCCGCCGAGGACCCCAACGCCAUGAAGCGUGGCAUGUAUCGCCAGACCAUGAUGUACACGGCCACCAUGCCCACCGCCGUGGAGCGCAUAGCACGAAAGUAUCUCCGUCGCCCCGCCAUCGUCACCAUUGGCAACGUCGGCGAGGCAGUUGAAACCGUCGAGCAACGAGUCGAGCACAUACAGGGCGAGGAGAAGCGCAAGAAGCGUCUUCAAGAGAUUCUCAAUUCCGGCGAGUUCACGCCUCCCAUCAUCGUCUUUGUCAACAUCAAGCGCAAUUGCGACGCUAUUGCACGCGAUAUCAAAAACAUGGGAUUUUCUUCCGUCACACUGCACGGGUCCAAGACACAAGAGCAGCGAGAAGCCGCACUUGCUCAGUUGCGCGAGCACCGCGUCGAUGUCCUAGUCGCUACAGAUCUUGCAGGCCGUGGUAUUGACAUCACAGACGUCUCGCUCGUAGUCAACUUCAACAUGGCAACGAGCAUAGAGAGUUACACGCAUCGUAUCGGUCGUACAGGCCGUGCAGGCAAGAGCGGUGUUGCAAUCACUUUCUGGGGCAAUGAGGAUGCCGAUGUAUUAUAUGACUUGAAGCAGAUGCUUACCAAGAGUCAGAUCAGCAAGGUGCCUGAAGAUCUGAGGAAACAUGAGGCUGCUCAGCAAAAGGGCGGGCGUAAUAAGGAGAAGAAGGCCUUGACGUGA